CCUGAUUCACAAGUAAAUGAAGAAGCUGAGGAUUCUGGAGUGGUUUGGAUGGCACAAGAAAGAGUAAUGGAAAGAAGCCAGAUUGGAUGUCUGAGAAAGUGCAUGCAGAUAUGAUGAAGCACGUGGAUGAUGAUGAAUUCAAGAAAAGAUCUGAGCAGGCUAAGAAAAAUAGAAGAGGGGGUUCAUUAACCAACAAUGUUGAACCAUCACAUUUCCAAGGUUCCAUUUCCACAACUGAGGCUGCAAAGAAAAUGGCAAAGGAAAGUGGAGGUGUGAUGCCUACAGCUGGUGACUUAUAUUUGAAGACACACACGAAGGAAGUACCGGGUAAAGGGAAAGUCCCUUGUAGUAGCAAAGCAAAGCAAAUCAAGGAAAACUAUGAAAAAAAUGUUGCUGAAUGUGUUGAAAAAGGCAUUGCUAAAGAUCCCAACCAAAUCUACUUUGAGACAGUAGGUGGGAGAAAGAAGGGAAAGGUCCCCGGGCUGGGUAGUGGAGCCUCUCUAUACUUUGCACCAUCUAGAAGGGAUGGUAGUUCUUCUAGCUCAUACACCCCAUCUAUUUAUUCUCAAAUGUCAUCUCGAUUGGAAGAGACUCAACAACAGUUGACCCAAAAAUCCAUUGAGCUUGAAACAACAAAAAAUCAGAUGUUAAAGGCUAUGGAGGACGAUCUACUUUUGAGGCAAAGGGAGAGAGAAGAAAGAGAAGCAGAGCGACUAGAGCACCAAAGGGAGAUGGAAAGGGAGAGACAAGAGAGAGAAAGGGAGAGACAAGAAAGAGAAGAACAUGCCGCCCAGAUGAAAAAGGCAAUGGAGUCUUACGAGCGGAUGUUCAGUCAGUGUACUGGUUUUCCUUUCUCGCAGUCGCAGGACCCUCGAGAUCCAACCGGAGGCGGGACACCUUUGUGUUAGGUAGUUAGUAUUCUUGUAUUAGUUUGAACUAGUUACAACUUUUCGUAUUAACAUGUUUGAACAACAUUAUGUGUAUUAUGAAUCUUUGUUGUAUGACUUUGAACAUGUUUAAUAUUAUAACAUCGAGCAGGUUUCAUACGA